AGAUAAUUUGCCUAAGAUCACACAGCUAGUGUCUGGAAGGGGGUUAGGAAGCCCUCAGGGUUUUAACCCACCAGGGGCAUCUGGUUGCAGGGUCUGUGUUGGGGUCAGGGUUCCUGAACAGUCUGGGCUGGCCUGAGCUAGAAGUCAAGAACAGGAAAAGAACGCACCCUGAAUGUUCUUCCCUCCUGGGCGAGUCUUCUGACACCUGCGAGAAAGGUGGGCAGGACUGUACCCCUGCCUGCCGGGAAGGGGGCGGGCCCAGAGAGGCGUUGAGAUUUGCCAGUCUGUUGGCUAGCAGGUGGCAGAGCCCUGGCCCCUUGACUGUCAGCCCUGAACUCACUGUGUCUGAAGCAAGAUGGGAGAAGGUGUGUGAAGCACCUGGGCCUGGUGAGAGGUGCGGUCACUGAAAAGUGAGAACAGGAGGCCUGCGUGGUGUCCUUUAGUUACAGGAGAGAGCUUCCAUGCUGGGAGAGGUUGAAUCUAUGCCAGGCUCUGGUCUGUGUUUUUAAAUUGGCAUUUUCUGAGUUUUUCAGACAAGGCACAGGCCGGCUAAAUGUCCAAGGUCACUCCAGUAGUAAGCGGGGGAACUGGCCUUUGAACUCGGUCUGUGAGCUCAUGGCCAUGGCCCAGAGAGGGGUGGUGAAUAGCCCAGGGUCACACAGCCCCAGAACCAGGAGCUACUGGCUUCCUUCCAGCCCAGGAAAAGCAGUGACACCUGACGCCUAGCCAACUGGGGGCGGAGCAGAGGUGGAGCUAGCGAGACCCGGUGGCCUCUCAGAACCACAGCACAGGUGACAGAGUCGCCCGGAGCAGCAUGAGGCAGAGCUGGAGACCAGGGCUGCUGCUCCUGGGAGCCGUGGUCCUCAUAGAGGGUCUUCAGGCAGCUCAGCGUGCCUGUGGGCAGCGCGGCCCUGGCCCCCCUGAGCCUCAGGAGGGCAGCACGGGGCCUGGCGAGUGGCCCUGGCAGGCCAGUGUGCGGAGGCAGGGGGUGCACAUCUGCAGUGGCUCCCUGGUGGCGGACACCUGGGUCCUCACAGCUGCCCACUGCUUUGAAAAAGCGGCAAUGACAGACCUGAGCUCCUGGUCAGUUGUUCUGGGCUCUCUGCAGCGUGAGGGGCUGGGCCCCGGAGCUGAGGAGAUCGGGGUGACUUCUCUGCAGCUGCCCAGGGCCUACAACCACUACAGCCAGGGCUCAGACCUGGCCCUGCUACGGCUCGCCCACCCCACAGCCCACACACCCCUCUGCUUGCCCAGACCUGCCCAUCGCUUCCCCUUUGGGACCUCUUGCUGGGCCACUGGCUGGGACCAGGACAUUAGUGAUGCUCCCAGGAUCCUACGGAAUCUGCGCCUGCGUCUAAUCAGCCGCCCCACGUGUAACUGUCUCUACAACAGGCUGCACCAGCGGCUGCUGGCCAGCCCGGCCCGGCCUGGGAUGCUGUGUGGGGGUGCCCAGCCCGGGGUGCAGGGGCCCUGCCAGGGAGAUUCUGGGGGCCCCGUGCUGUGCCGUGAGCCUGAUGGACACUGGGUUCAGGCUGGGAUCAUCAGCUUCACAUCAAGCUGUGCCCAGGAAGACACUCCCGUGCUGCUGACCGACAUGGCUGCCCACAGCUCCUGGCUGCAGGCCCGCGCUGGGGGCGCAGCCUUUCUGGCCCAGAACCCAGAGGCCUUGCAGCUCAGUGAUGAGGACAGCUGUGUAGCCUGCGGAUCCUUGAUGGGAGAAGGUCCCCAGGCAGAAGCCCCCUCCCCAUGGCCCUGGGAUGCCAGGCUGAAGCACCAGGGGAAGCUGGCCUGUGGCGGAGCCCUGGUGUCAGAGGAGGUGGUGCUGACUGCUGCCCACUGCUUCAUUGGGUGAGCCCUGUCUCCCUCACCUUUGUCCACCCCCCCUCCCCCACGGAGUGUAAGGCUGGCGGCCGGACCAGAGGAGCACAGCCUCAAGCAACUCAUCCUGCACGGGGCUUACACCCACCCCGAGGGGGGCUACGAUGUGGCCCUGCUGUUGCUGGCCCAGCCUGUGACAUUAGGCCCCAGCCUGCGGCCCCUCUGCCUGCCCUAUGCUGACCAUCGCCUGCCCGAUGGGGAACGUGGCUGGGUCUUGGGGCUGGCCCGCCAAGGAGCAGGCACCAGCUCCCCUCAGACAGUGCCUGUCACCCUCCUGGGGCCUAGGGCCUGCGGCCGGCUGCACACUGCCCUCGGGAGCGAUGGCACCCCCAUUCUGCCAGAGAUGGUGUGCACCAGUGUUGUGGGUGAGCCGCCCCGCUGUGAGGGCCUGUCUGGGGCACCACUGGUGCUUGAGGUGAGGGGCACAUGGUUCCUGGCUGGGCUACACAGCUUUGGCGAUGCCUGCCAGGGCCCCGCACGGCCUGCAGUCUUCACGGCGCUCCCCACCUACGAGAACUGGGUCAGCAGUUUGGACUGGCAGGUCUACUUCUCCAAGGAGCCCGAGCCCGAGCCCGAGCCCGAGCCCGGAAGCUAGCCGGCCAAUAUGAGCCAACCCGCUGACUGCUGACAGGUGGCUCUGGGAUGCUGCAAACACAUCACUGCCUUUGCCCCUCUCCAUUCCCCCCACCCACACAAUUCCAGGCCCUGGGCAGGCCCCAAAAGCCCAGUGGAUUGGCAGCUGCCCCGCCUCCCCCCUGCAGGACAGGGACUUGUCACCUGUAGAUGCUCCUGCUCUCAGCUCUGCUCCCGACGCAGGCGUCCCGCUUUCCCCUCUUCACCCCUCACAUAUAACCACACCAGCCACAUUCUUGGAAAAUUUUCUUUUUUGGCGGGGGA